AUGUCGCUGGCCGCCUUCGCAGCUCCCAGCUCCGCAGGUGUUGGCAAAGGCGGUCCCGGCCUUUCAGGGCCGGUUGGACUGGCGAAAAGCCAUACGCCGGACCGAGAGCAUCUCGGUUCUCAUGGUGCUGGUCGAGCAUUGCUAUGUGCUCCAGCUGUGUCUGCUUUUCUGGUAGCCUUCCGAAACAAGCGCUCCGUGAGACGACAGGCUGCCAAGGAAGAUGCGCGGGUGCAGACGAUGGAGCGACCACUUCUGGACAACGUGAUCACUGCUGGCGUGAAGGCGCUCGAGGCGGCAGAGCUCAACCGCGUGCGUUCCUCCUCGGAGUCUCCAAGCGAUGCGAAUGGCAACUGGGGCGGUGAGCCGCGGGAAUGGGCCAAUUCGGAUUCGAUCACGCAGCAGAUUUCGACGGUGUCGCAGAUGGGCCCCUUGGCGCAGGCCAAGCAGUUCAUAGCCGACAGACUCGCCGGGGAGUACGACGCUGAGAGGAUAGGAAGCCUCAUCGAUGAGAAAGUGGCUUCAAACAAGAUCAUGAUGUUCUCAUUUUCCACCUGCCCCUUCUGCUUGCGGGCGAAACAAAUCCUUCAAGAAGACUAUGGCGAGGAGAUUGAAGUCUACGAGUGUGACCAGGAAGCCGACGGGUAUGCCGUUCGAGCUGAGCUUGGGCGGCGAACCGGCCGCACCUCCAUGCCCUCCGUCUACUUGGGUUCCUCCGUCUACCUGGGCGGCUGCAACGAUGGGGGUCUAGGAGGUAUCGCGACCCUGGACAAGCAAGAGCUCUUGGGAAACCUGCUGGCCGAGCGCAAUGCUGCCAUGAGUUCCUUCGCUCCGCUAGACUGGCUGGCAACGCUUGGACAACCAGAUCGGCAGCAGACCCUGAAGAAGAAGAAGGCGUUGCUGGCUGCCUGUGCAGAGGCACCGAAGAAUGGCGUCGGUGCGAGUGACGCGGUGAAGGACAAGGUGGAGGCUGCUGCUGUGGAUCUGGAGGCGCUUUGCCCAUCCAAUCCGGCUCAGGCUUCCCUCGAGGGUGUCUGGGAUCUGCAGUACUGCACGGCGGAGGGAAGUUCUAACGGCAAAGUCGGCCCCUUCCUGGGCGACGUUACGCAAACCUUCGUUGACGAUGUCAAGUUCGUGAACGCAGUGGAGAUUGGACCAGUGAAGGUUGCCUUGCAGGCAGAGCGGGAAGUCCUCAAUGACAGAGAGAUCAGGGUAACUUUCAAGGAGACCGUGUUCUCAAUCCUGGGCAUCGAGAUCUUCCGCAAGCCGACUAAAGGUGCUGGGACCUGGAAGCAGAGGUUUGUGGAUGCGGGCCUCCGUGUCAUGGACACCCCAUCCCUCUUCGUGCUGCGCAAGCGCCGCAGCUAG